GCGUCAGUCGAAGGACGGCUACGUCGGUCCACUAUUUUUCUAACUCCGUGUUGACUGGAUUCGCGUUGACUCUUGGACCCAGUCAGCGCAAGAAAAAUCGUCGCUGCAGUCAUAAACACGCCGCGUCAACCCGUUUCACAGCAUUACGCAACUGCCGGCUUAGUAGGCUCAUCGGAGCGUCGACGAUGGCAGCAGAAGUAGAAAUAGCGAAUGGAACGACGCAUUACUAAUGCGUGGUACUCACAGCUGUCUGGUCAGCCAUCAUUUCACGCGGCCGUCGAAUAUCCCUGGGACAUCUCGCCUCUGGCAAGAUAGGAAGAGUCUCUUCCACUCGCACCGUCUCCUCGCCCUUGUGCGAGACGCCCUAGCGUCUACCCCUCAGCCUUUCCGCCGCUCAUCUGCCGCCACAACGAAGGAGGGCGAAACAGAGUCCUUAGGAAAUAGUCUUUAGGCGGCCUCGCUGCUUGCGAUCACCCAGCGACUUUAAGAGUUAUUGUAUUCCACUUGAAACCCGCUUCUAGUCCUCUCCCCCUCCCGCCAUGGCGCCGCGUCUCGGUUGGUCGCGCCUCGUCCCCGCGCUCACGCUCGUGGCGCUCCUCUGCUUCGCGCGCGUCGAUCACGUCGCGUGCAACGCGCGCUCGUUCGGCCUUCCGCGUCUCGCGGGGCGGUUCGGCGGCUUGGCCGGGGGAUCGGGUUGGUCCUUCUUCCGCCCCCCUGGGACAGGCAGCGGCGGCGGAAGUGGCGCGACGCGCGGCGGGCAGAACGGGCAGGGCGGGUUUGGUGGGGGAAUGAGCGGGCAGCCGGGUAGUGCGGGAGGAGGGGGAAUGGGCGGAGGAGGCAUGGGCGGAGGAGGCAUUGGCGGAGGGGGCAUGGGCGGAGGCGGCAUGGGCGGAGUGGCAUGGGCGGAGGGGGGAUGGGCGGAGGGGGGAUGGGCGGAGGGGGCAUGGGCGGAGGUAGCAUGGGCGGAGGAGGCAUGGGCGGAGGGGGCAUGGGCGGAGGAGGCAUGGGCGGAGGAGGCAUGGGCGGAGGGGGCAUGGGCGGAGGAGGCAUGGGCAGAGGGGGCAUGGGGGAGGGGGCAUGGGGGGAGGAGGUAUGGGGGGAGGCGGCAUGGGGGGAGGGGGCAUGGGGGGAGGGGGCAUGGGGGAAGGUGGCAUGAGGGGAGGCGGCAUGGGGGGAGGCGGCAUGGGGGGAGGCGGCGGGUCAUCAGGUGGGAGUGCGUGUGGCAACAGCAGCAGCAGCAGGAGCGGCAAGAUGAGGUCCAGCAAUGGGAAGAGGUGGGCAUCCAUCCAUCCCUUGUGCCGCACUCCUCCCUCCCUACCCUGUGAGCUCCUUCUGUGCAUGCGACAGUUCUUCCCUUGGCUCCAUCCGCGUCUGUCCACGCUGCUGUUCACCACCCCGUACCUCCUCUCUCGUCGCCCUGCCUCUCCUCCCCUCUUCACCAUGCCCUCUUCACCAUGCCCUCUUCACCAUGCCCUCUUCACCAUGCCCUCUUCACCAUGCCCUCUUCACCAUGCCCUCUUCACCAUGCCCUCUAGUAGUGCCGUUCUGGAUUACUCGUGUUCAGUUUGUACUCAUGCUGACUGGUCGUCGGACCAUUGCUUCAGAGGUUGGACUAGUAGUGCCAUCCUUAGCUGCGUGUCCAGUGCUAGUCACUGCCCCUUGUCUAACCCAAGGGGUGUGUCAAAAUAU